GCCUGUACCAGCGCCUGCGGCUGCCGCGGACCGGACGGCUCGAGCCGCCCCCACCCCCACAGCGUCGGAGCAGACUGGACAAGGACGGACUUGAUGGGCGACCGUCGGGCGUUCCCGGUGGAGGCCAGCGCGGGCGUGUGCCGCACCCUCUUCGGGCCCGUGGACCACGAGGAGCUGGGCCGUGAGCUGGUGGGCAAGCUUGCCGAGAUGAGUGCCGAGGACGAGCGCCGCUGGGAUUACAACUUCCAGAGCGACAGGCCGCUCGUGGGCCCGGGCCGCCUGCAGUGGCAGGAGGUGGCCGAGCACACGGUGCCCGCCUUCUACCGCGAGACGGUGCAGGUGGGCCGCAGCCGCUUCCCGCUGCUGGUGCUGCGCCCGGCGCCCGGC